AUGCUCACGGCGCUAUCCCGUUUUGUCGCCAAAUCCGCUCAACAUGCUCUUCCAUUUUUUAAGUUAUUACGAAAAGAAGCGGCUUUUGAAUGGUCCGAGGAAUGCGAGCGAGCACUAUCCCACCUCAAACACGUGCUCUCCAAACCGCCCGUCCUCUCUCGACCCAAUAACGGCGAGCAUUUAUACCUUUACCUGGCCGUCUCAAACGAGGCGGUCAGCGCGGCUCUGUUCCGAGAGGUUGAAGACGGACAGAAACCCGUAUACUUCACCAGCAAAGCCCUACAAGGACCGGAAGUACGAUACCAGCAGAUCGAGAAAGUCGCUUUGGCCUUGGUGACAGCUGCCAGGAGGCUGAGAUACUACUUCCUCGCCCAUACCAUCGUCAUUCGAACAGACCAACCCAUCAAGCAACUCCUCAGUCGACCAGACAUGGCCGGGAGAAUGCUAAGAUGGUCCCUCGAGCUUUCCGAGUUCGAUAUACAAUACGAAAGCAGAAGGGCGCUGAAGGCUCAAGCGCUAGCAGACUUUAUAGCCGAAAUGACCUCGAUCACCAACCCCCCGGCCCUUACCGAGAACAAGUGGACCAUCUACGUAGAUGGCGCUUCAAGCAGCUCAGGAAGCGGGGCCGGCAUUAUCUUGGAAAACGAUGAGGGGCUCAUCAUCGAGGUUUCCUUAGUCCUCUCUUUCAACACGUCGAACAACCAGGCCGAGUACGAAGCUCUCUUAGCAGGCCUCAAACUCGCAGAAGAUGUGGGCGCUCGGGAGGUUAAGAUUUACACCGACUCCCAACUCGUUGCAUCCCAGAUCAGCGGCGACUACCAAGCCAAGAACGACGUGCUUGCCGAGUAUCUCACGCUCGUCAAAGAUAAGAUGAAAAAAUUCGCUAAAGCGGAAGUAGAGCAUAUCCCUCGAGAGCAUAACUCACGAGCCGAUGUAUUAUCCAAACUCGCGAGCACGAGAAAGAAAGGCGGGAACAAGUCGGUGAUCCAGGAAAUCUUAUCAAGGCCGAGCGUAGAAAAGGUCACGCAACCCCUACCAGUGCUCGCCAUCGGGGACGACAACUGCUGGAUGACCCCGGUGUACAAUUUUCUCACAAAAGACGAGCUUCCAACCGACUCAAAGGAAGCUUCAGCGAUCAAAAGACGAGCCUGCUCGUACACAAUCGUCGAGGACAAGCUAUACCGACGAGGUUUCUCCAUCCCUCUCCUCAAAUGCGUUGAUGCUUCACAAGCCCUCGAGAUCCUUCAAGAGCUACACGAGGGAAUCAGUGGACAACAUCUAGGAGGCUGA